UAAUCAUUUUUUCUUACUUUUGGCGUUUUAUCACAUGAUUAAACUGAAUCUUUUAUCUCUGCAUCACUUUUGUAUUUAUCUGCAAGUAUAUUUCCAGCCCUAACCCCAAGUACAAUUCUUGAUAUUCUGCUAGGCUAAAGAAUUUCAAGAACAUAGCAGAUAUGGAUUGGUGGGUGUCAAUGCCAAAAGUAGAACUACAUGCCCACCUUAAUGGCUCUAUCAGAGACUCCACUUUGCUGGAACUUGCUGGAGAACUGGGUGACAGGGGGCUUGUACAUUUUCCUGAUGUGGAGCGUGUUAUCUUAAAACAUGAUCGCUCCCUUACUGAAGUCUUCAAAUUGUUUGAUUUGAUACACAUUCUUACAACUGACCAUGAAACUGUAACCAGAAUUACUAAAGAGGUAAUUGAAGAUUUUGCUGCUGAAAAUGUUGUAUACUUGGAGCUAAGGACAACUCCAAAGAAAAAUGUCUCCAAAGGGAUGAACAAGAAGUCGUACAUGGAAGCAGUUUUGGAGGGUAUAAGGGCUGUUAGUACCGUUGAAGUUGAUAUGUUUAGUGAACCUAAUUUUGAUUGUCCUGCUAAUGCCGGUAUUUAUGCUUGGAGGAACGGUUGUGCAAGCAAUGGAACAGGAAGAAAGAAAAUAUUUGUCAGAUUUCUACUCAGUAUUGAUCGUCGUGAAACCACGGAAGCUGCAACGGAAACGGUUAAGCUUGCUCUGGAAAUGAGACAUUUGGGAGUAGUGGGUAUUGAUCUUUCUGGAAAUCCUGUCAUUGGUGAAUGGCAAACAUUUCUGCCUGCUUUGGAGUUUGCUAAAGAGCAAGGACUUCUGAUUACCCUUCACUGUGGCGAGGUACCCAAUCCGGUGGAAAUCCAUGCGAUGCUAGAUUUUCUCCCGGCAAGAAUUGGGCAUGCUUGUUGCUUUGGAGAGGAAGAAUGGACAAAGCUAAAAUCCUUAAAGAUACCGGUUGAAAUUUGCUUGACUUCCAACAUCAGGACUGAAACAAUAUCUUCUCUGGAUAUUCAUCAUUUUGCCGAUUUAUAUAAUAGUGGACAUCCACUUGCCCUUUGCACUGACGACUCAGGGGUGUUCUCUACCAGCGUGUCUCGCGAGUAUAGCCUUGCCGCAUCUAGUUUUGGUAUACAAAAGCGAGAGAUGUUCCAGCUGGCUAGGAAUGCCGUUAAUUUUAUUUUUGCUGGUAAUAAAGUAAAACAGGAGCUGGAGCAAGUAUUUGAUUUAGCUGCAAAGAGCCUGAAAUUCUGAUGAGAAAUUUAUCAAAUACAACAACAUACCCAGUGUGAUGACACGAGUAAGCUGGGGGGGGGGGGGGGGGGGGGGGGGGAAUGUAUCAAAUGAACAGGAAUGUUCUUCCAGUUAUUGUAAUUGGAUACUGAGACAGGCUUAUUAAAUGGAGCGACGUGGACAAUGAAGAUUUAUAUAGUUGACUCCAACAUGUUUGGGAUUGAAGUGUUGUUGGUUAUGUUACUUAUUUCUUCUAUAAUAUUUGGUGGUACCUUCUGAAGA